GGAAACUUUGGACUUGGAGAGAAAGUUAGAGAAAGUGCGACUUCCGAAGAAAACUCUUCCAGUCGCUGUCCCAUCUGAUAUGAAUUUCAAGCCCAGAUAUAGACAACCUACAUCACAGGUUUUCUGGCCACACCGCCUGGUGGAUUAGUAGAAGUCCACCAUGUUGCGGGUGUGUGAGAAACUCCGUGAGGCGGACGAGAAGGGCAGGAGGUACGGACUAGCCCGGGCGGAGACAGGCUACCUCCGUGCCCUGGUGGACGCCAUGGCCGACACGGACAGGCUGGCGGAAGUGGAGCUGCUCAAAACUCUGGGCGACGUGAACGUGGAGAAGGGAAGACUCGGGAAAGACGUGGGGAAGUUCAACACAGCCUUGGCGCUUUAUCUGGCUGCUAUGGUACGGUGUUACCAUGAAGAACAGGCAGAUGGUAUAGAACACCGCUACCACUACACGGAGAGGCUUUUACAAGGGGUGUCGUCACAGGGUAGGGAACAGUCAACUGAAGACAAGGAGACGACUACACCUGCAAAGGUAGCGGCAAAGUUCCUAGUCCUGGACAUAAUACGGGCUACCGGAGGUAACACGGACUCUGUGCUGGCUAGAUACGCACAGGUGAUGGUAGAGGCAAUAGUAAACGACAACAGCAUGUUAGAAGUAGAAGCAAUGAAGAGUAUAGGUGACGUUUACCUGGAAAGAGGAACAGAAACUGGAGACACCAGGGACUUGACCAGAGCUACUGCUCUGUACAACAGGGCACUGGCGCGGUGUCACAGUGUUCAUGGAACAGUUGUCAUUGUUCACCGCUUACUGCACACCGCAAAAAUCAGGCAAGACAUCACCACAACAAGAAACAAAAGUUCAACACGUACACAACGGCAACAAGACAUGCGAGGACGGAAGGGCUACUUCUCUUCCUUCUCAGCUGUGCCCUCUAGCGACGGAACCACCAGUUCCCUGUCCAACUCCUACCGCAGGUACAUCCAGACGGCAGACCGUGACUUGGGAAAUGGAGACCUGGACGCAGCAGAGGAGAACCUCGUAGCCGCCCUAAAGCUUGUUCAUGAUCGCAGUAAACCCAACAAGGCUAAAGAGGCCGACUGUCUGUGCAGGUUGGGUGACGUCUACAUUGAGCGAGGUAAGCGGAUAGGAGAAGUUAGGAAAUUUACACAGGCGGCAGCUCUGUAUAACGCCUCCAUGGUCAGAACAGAUGGAGACAAACAAAACAUGGUAUCAAAACUGCAAGAAACAGAAAGGCAGUUUCUUAGAAACACCUGUAACCUUGACUGUGAACCAUGUCCGUAUAGCAGCGUGUUAGAUCACAGAAAGGAACUGCACAACUCGCGCGCCCGUGCAAAAUCUCAGCUCGAAACAAUUCAUCGGGAACACAACCCUUAUCAGUAUGAUGAAGACGAUCCCGUCGUGAGAGAGGUAGAGAUCAAACGAGCUGAAGCAAUCAAGAACUUGUUCAAGAGCAUCACAAUUGAACGACAAGAGUUUAUUCAAGUACUGACAGAUGAAUGCAUUGCCAAACUCAGACCUCCUCCCUGUAAGUACGCUUACAUUGGGAUGGGGUCACAAGCCACAGAACUGGUGACGCCGUACUCCGACCUGGAGUUCGCCAUUCUGAUUGAGGAGGGGAAGGAUGAUGAUGAUACACGAAGGUACUUCCUGAAUCUCACACACUACUUACAUCUCAAAGUCAUCAACCUUGGAGAAACCAUCCUCCCAGCCAUGGCCAUCCCAUCACUCAACGACUUUCUCUCAGAAGACCCAGAGAAAGACUGGUUCUUUGACUCCGUCACACCUCGCGGCUUUGCCUUCGACGGCUUCAUGCCCUGGGCUUCUAAGACUCCGUUUGGAAGAGACAAAACCAAAAGCAAACCUCCCGUUAGUCUCAUCCAGACUCCUACCAGGUUGGCCGAAUAUCAGUAUCUGCACAUCGCCCUGGCGGAAGGCUAUCACCUGUCAGACAUCCUCAGACGGGUGACCUACUUAACAGGAGACAUGUCUUUAGUGGAAGAGUACAUGGACAGAGUCAACAAAAUCUUACAUGAUCGUUCCUCUGUUCUGUCAGGAUUUUCAGCAAUGCUAAUACUGAAAGAUAAUCAGCAAUUAAGACACAAUGCUGAGCCAACAGGGCAACUUUUGGAUGUCAGGAAAGAAAUACACCGUUUUCCAUGGGUAGCCGUUGAUGUGUUGAGUAUUUGCUGUGGUAUCACAAUUCCCAGCGUGUGGGGAAUGAUAGAAGAGUUACACAAGACACAGCAGAUCAGUGACGAAGAUGCCCACCACUUGACUGUACUGAUCAGCAUCUCCGCGGAGCUACGGUUAAGAACAUACAUUGCUAACGGAGGACAGAAGGACAGACUGUCUCCUCUCACGGAGAUGAAAGUCCAACUGGACAAACAUGACGUAGAUGACACGGUCGUUGAGUCAGUUUUCCACAUACCAGACUCUAAGAUGCUUUUCAGGUACUACUAUACUGCCAUCCCACUGAAAAGAUGCAUUUUGGAUACAGUUGCAAAGGGAAGUCAUCCUACAAAGAUGCUCCCAACAGCAAUCUUUGACACUUCAUCUCAAACAAGGGGCCGACUAUGCCGGGAGCUGUUCCAUGUCGAUGCAUCUAUACGUCACUUUGAGGCAGCACUAGAAGAGACGGGCAGUGACAAGGAAAAACAGCUUGAAAUACUUCUCGAAUUAGGGACAUGUUGGAGCGACCUUGGUGAUCAGAUUAAAGCUCUCCGUUAUUACGAACUGGCACUGAAGAUGAGGAAAGCUAUCUAUGGUGAAACAACACCACAUCCUGACAUUGCUUCAUCAUUAAUCAACAUUGGGACAAGUUGGAGUGACCUUGGUGACCAGAGAAAGGCUAUCUCGUAUUGUGAACAGUCACUGAAGAUGAUGAAAGCUAUCUAUGGAGAAACAACACCGCAUCCCAACAUUGCUUCAUCACUAAACAACAUUGGAACUUGCUGGAGUGACCUUGGUGAUCAUAGGAAAGCUAUUGUGUAUCAUGAACAGUCACUGAAAAUGAGGAAAGCUAUCUAUGGCAACACAACACCACAUCCUGACAUUGCUUUAUCACUAAACAACAUUGGAACUUGCUGGAGUAACCUUGGUGAUCAGAGGAAAGCUAUCAGUUAUCACGAACAGUCACUGAAGAUGAUGAAAGUUAUCUAUGGCGAAACAACGCCACAUCCCAACAUUGCUUCUUCACUACACAAUAUUGGGACAUGUUGGAAUGGCCUUGGUGAUCAGAGGAAAGCUAUCAGUUAUUACAAACAGUCGCAGAAGAUGAAGAUAGCUAUCUAUGGCAACACAACACCACAUCCUGACAUUGCUUCAUCACUAAACAACAUUGGAACUAGCUUGAGUAGCCUUGGUGAUCAGAGGAAAGCUAUUGCGUAUCAUGAACAGUCAUUGAAAAUGAUGAAAGCUAUCUAUGGCAACACAACACCACAUCCUGACAUUGCUUCAUCACUAAACAACAUUGGAACUUGCUGGAGUAACCUCGGUGAUCAGAGGAAAGCUAUUGGGUAUCAUGAACAGUCACUGAAGAUGAUGAAAGUUAUCUAUGGCGAAACAACGCCACAUCCCAACAUUGCUUCAUCAUAACAACAUUGGGACAUGUUGGAAUGA